AUGCAACCAUUUGUUGAACAACCUCAGUUCGUUCUUGAACCAAAAUCUUCGUUUAUAAUCGAAAGUCGGCCUGUUAAACUUGAAUGCAAAGCAAUACGUACACGACAGAUAUUUUUUAAUUGUGAUAAUAAAUGGGUACCUGAACAUGAACAUACAAAAUCAACUGAAACAAAUGAUAAAGGUGUGAUUACUAUCGUAACUUCAAUUGAUAUUACAACUGAACAACUUGAAGGUCAACUUGAUUCAAAUGGAUAUAAAUGCUUUUGUCAAGCAUGGUCGGCAACAGGUGGAACAUUGAAAUCUCGAACAGCAACAAUCGAAAUUGCUUAUUUGGAUAAAAUAUUCGAAUGGGAACCUUUACGAACAGAUAGUGUGAUUAGUAAAUCGGCUGAAUUACGUUGUCGUCCGCCAAGCGGUAAUCCAUAUCCGAAAAUAGCAUGGUUAAAAGAUGGUAAACCAGUUGAAACAAAUCGAAAUGGAAGAUUUAUAUUAUCAAAUGAAAAUUCUUUACUUAUUGCACAAAUAAAACAGUCCGAUGCUGGUAAUUAUACAUGUGUAGCAUCGAAUCUAAUUGGAACAUAUUCAAGUGAACCAGCUGAACUUAUUGUUCAUGAGGACCGUGGCUGGUCAGAAUGGCAAACGUUUUCAGAAUGUAAAGGUAUACCAUGUGGUAUUGGUCGCCAACGUCGUCUACGUACAUGUCUUAAUCCACCGACAAUUACAAAUCGACCUAGUUGUGAUGGUGAUCAUCUACAAGAGAGAGAAUGUCAAGUAGCCUGUCCUAAAGAUUCAGAAUCACCCUCGGGUGUUAUUAUACCAACAGAUAAUACAUUUUCUGAUUGGUCAUCAUGGACAGAAUGCGUAGGUACUCCAUGUAAAAUUGGUCGUCAACAACGUAUGAGAACUUGUUUAACAUCGUCAAUAAAUGAUGAAAAACAAUCGAUUUGUAAUGAUGAACAAAUACAAGAACGUGAUUGUUUAGUACCAUGUGCGAAUAAUAAAAGUUCAUCAUUAUUUUCUCCUGUUCGUCCAUUAUCAAAUGGCAUGUAUACAAAUUGGACUGAAUGGUCAAAUUGUCGACCGUCGGAUUGUACAUCAAUACGUACACGAACAUGUUUACAAGAACCAUGUCUGGAUUAUUUAGCUGAAACUCGAACAUGCACAGGAAAUCAAUGUUCAAAUCAUAAUAAUAAUAGUAGUACUUCACUUCUCGUUUCUUCGUCUGCUCUUAAUGUGAUCGUUUAUUCAUCGAUUGGUAUCGGUGCUCUCAUCUUUCUUUUAUUAACAAUAUUAUUAUUUUCAAUUUGUUGGCGUCGUCGACAACGUAUACCAACAAAGAAAGGUUUAACAACUUGUAUAACAUCCAAUGGUGUCAGUAGUAAUGGUAGUAGUCACUUGGGCGUAUAUCAUAAUGAAAGAAAUGAAUAUCCAUUUUAUUAUUCAAUUCAACAAGAUACAACAUCAACAAGAUCAUGUGCAUCUCAAAAUAAUUCUGUUUCAUUAACAAAUUUUGAUUCUGGAUUAGAAAAAGAAAAAUUACUUCUGUUAAAUGAAUCGCCAUUAAAUAAACAGAUCUAUUCGAUUAAAUCAUCGAAUCAUCCGAUAACAUUGAGUACGGCAAGUUAUGCAUCGAAUCAAAUAAAAUAUCCAUCAUUAGCAAGUCAAUCAAUUUCGCAUGAAAAUAAUUUAAAUUUAAUCUAUGAAAAUAUUCUUCAAUCACUACCUCCGCAUACAGAUUUACGUUAUUUUGCUGUAUCAAUAUUGAAUAAUAAAGGUUGUCGUCUUGAAAUUCCGAAUACAGGCGUUUCAUUGAUUAUUCCGGAAGAUGCCGUUCUACUCGAUGAUGAUCAUUUAAUUUUCAUAGCUUUGAUUAAUAUUGAAAAUAAUAUGCCAAUAUUAAGUAAUGGAAAAACACGUCUAUCGCCUGUUGUAUUAAUUGGUCCGGCGGAAAUUACAUUACUUAAACCAGCUGUUCUUUCAUUUGAACAUACAGCUGUGUUGGAAUCGUCAUGGAAAUUAAAUUUAAUGUUUAGCGAUGAUGUUUUCAAUUGGAAAUCCAUACUUACCUAUGGACAAGAAAAUAUUUCUACGCCGGUUUAUUUACAAUUUAAUAAUCAACAACAAGCAUUUAUUCUAUUUGAAAGUGUGGGUGCAUACUCUUUAAUAGGUGAAUCAAUAUUAAAUCAGCACGCAUCAAAAUAUGUUCAAAUGGUUCCAUUCUUUAAUCGUUCAUCAACAGAACUAGGCUCAAAUGAAAUCGUAUCAACAUUACGCUUACGUUUUCUUGAUGCAACAUCUGAUGCGUUAGAACGUUGUUUAACAGAAGAAUUUUCUUUACAAAAUUAUCUAUGUGAUAAACCAAAACAAUUUAUUAUACAUGAUUACGAAGAUCAAAUAUGUAUUAAUGUUGAUUUAGAAUUAUCAUCAACAUCAAGAAUUAACAUUGGCUAUAAAGAAAUAUCAUUGAAAACAUUUUGGUCAACACGAUUCGACCGAUCUUGUUUUAUUUUUAUUGUACCGAAUUUACAUAUGAAUAAUGAACAUACAUUAGCAACAUCUAUUGAUCAUUUAGCUAUGCAAAUUGAUGUUUACCAGCCGACUAUAUUAGAUAGUGCAUUACACACGCGUCUCUGUAUUAAUACACUUGGUUUACUACAAAAUUCUGGAUUUAAUACUUCUACAGUACGUCAGCGUCAGCCGAUAAAAUCGUUAAAAGAAGUUGCUAGAUUGCCAUUGGUAGUUCGUCAAAAGUUAUGUAAAGCUCUAGAUCCACCUAAUUCACUGGGUAAUGAUUGGCGUAUGUUUGCAAGUAAUCUACUUGGAAUAAAUUAUUUGCAAUAUUUUGCAACAAAAUCAAGUCCAACUGAACAUUUAUUAACAUUGUGGGAAUCUCGACAGGAAUCUCCUGUUAAUAUGAUCAAUGUACUUAAUCAAAUAGGUCGUAGCGAUGCCGCAUCGAUUAUUCUUCAACAUUAG